AUGUCCGACUCACUGGUAGCCCGUGUGAGCUGGCCUCAUGGCCCUUUUAUAGGGCGCGAGACCUCACGACGUGAAUACUCAUUCCAGAAGACUGCAGCCCAGCUAAGCCUUUUGGAACAUUUACAGGGAACCAACCAAGUGGCCGCGCCUAACCAGGCAAGAUCGGCCUCUGUGCCCAACACCAAGGGACCCGAUGUAAAACCUCGUCUGCUGCUAAUGGGACUUCGCCGGCAAGUUCUUUUCGGCCAGCUCUCGCAUAGUAGACAUGCUAAUUGUGUCACAGGAGCGGGAAAUCCUCCAUUGCCAGUGUGGUGUUCCACAAAAUGCCCCCAAAUGAGACUCUCUUCCUUGAGUCUACGACUCGGAUUCAGAAGGAUUCCAUCCAUUUGUAGCUCUUUUAUGGACUUCCAAGUUUGGGAUUUCCCCGGCCAGCUCGAGUACUUUGAAUCCGCCUUUGAUCUCGAGGAUAUCUUCGGCAGCCUGGGCGCCCUAGUCUGGGUGAUUGACGCACAGGACGACUACCUCGACUCGGUGGCGCGGCUCAACCGCACUAUACUGACAGUCCAGCAGUUCUAUCCCGGCAUCAAUAUCGAGGUCUUCAUUCACAAGGUCGAUGGGCUUUCCGACGAGUACCGCACCGAUACCUUCCAGGACAUUGUGCAGCGCAUAUCCGACGAACUCAGUGAUGCUGGAUACGAGAACGCGCCCGUGCACUACUAUCUCACAUCCAUCUACGAUUAUUCCGUCUUCGAAGCGUUCAGCAAGGUUAUUCAGAAGCUGAUCCCCAACCUAUCCACACUGGAGAAUCUAAUCAACACUCUCGCCAAUAAUUGUGGAUUUGAGAAGACAUAUCUCUUCGAUGUGCUGAGUAAGAUCUAUAUCGCCUCCGAUACCCGUCCGGUCGACAUGGCUUGCUACGAGAUGUGCUCUGAUUACAUUGACGUGAUUGUCGAUAUUUCCGAGCUGUACUCAUGGGAUCACCCAGUCCGCAAGCGACUAGGCGAUCAGAUCCCGGAGGCUGAAAGCCAUGUGGUGUUACAUGAUCAGACUAUGAUCCAUCUGAUGGAGAUGAACAAAUACCUCUGUUUAGUUUCGGUGAUCCGCAACCCCGAAGCCAAAGACAAGCGGGGUCUGAUUGACAUGAACUGUCGUACUUUCCAAGACGCGCUGAACGAAGUAUUCUCGCGAAGCUGGGAAGAGAGGACGGCACAAGGGGCUGCAAGUGAAAGCAAGUAA